GCUGCGCUGCGGUGCGCACGGGCUCCGCCGGCUGCUAUUCCGGCUGGUGGCGGCCGCCGCAGGAAGGGCCGGUUCCUGCGCUCCCCCGCCCCUUUCCCUCGCCUUCGGCUGACGCUGACGUCGGAUGAGUGAUCCGCAGGGACGCUCCGACCGCGGCUGGGAGGCUCCUGGGGGCCGGGGCUCCGAGGUUAUAAUAUAACUUAUCCUCUCAUGCUUUUUUCCUGCCCCUUCUCCCCAAAUCAUCAACAGUAGAAGAAGAAGAAGAAAACAUGUCAGGACACAAAUGCAGUUAUCCCUGGGACUUACAGGAUCGAUAUGCUCAAGAUAAGUCAGUUGUAAAUAAGAUGCAGCAGAAGUAUUGGGAGACGAAGCAGGCCUUUAUUAAAGCCACAGGGAAGAAGGAAGAUGAACAUGUUGUUGCCUCUGACGCAGACCUGGAUGCCAAGCUAGAGCUGUUUCAUUCAAUUCAGAGAACCUGUCUGGACUUAUCAAAAGCAAUUGUACUCUAUCAAAAGAGGAUAUGUUUCUUGUCUCAAGAAGAAAACGAACUGGGAAAAUUUCUUCGAUCCCAAGGCUUCCAAGAUAAAACCAGAGCAGGAAAGAUGAUGCAAGCGACAGGAAAGGCCCUCUGCUUUUCUUCCCAGCAAAGGUUGGCCUUGCGAAAUCCUCUGUGUAGAUUUCACCAAGAAGUGGAGACUUUUCGGCAUCGGGCCAUCUCAGAUACUUGGCUGACGGUGAACCGCAUGGAACAGUGCAGGACGGAGUAUAGAGGAGCCCUAUUAUGGAUGAAGGACGUGUCUCAAGAGCUUGAUCCAGACCUCUACAAGCAAAUGGAGAAGUUCAGGAAGGUACAAACACAAGUGCGCCUUGCAAAAAAAAACUUUGACAAAUUGAAGAUGGAUGUGUGUCAAAAAGUGGAUCUUCUUGGAGCAAGCAGAUGCAAUCUCUUGUCUCACAUGCUAGCAACAUACCAGACCACUCUGCUUCAUUUUUGGGAGAAAACUUCUCACACUAUGGCAGCCAUCCAUGAGAGCUUCAAAGGUUAUCAACCAUAUGAAUUUACUACUUUAAAGAGCUUACAAGACCCUAUGAAAAAAUUAGUUGAAAAAGAAGAGAAGAAGAAAAUCACCCAGCAGGAAAGUACAGAUGCGGCCGUGCAGGAGCCGAGUCAAUUAAUUUCAUUAGAGGAAGAAAACCAGCGCAAGGAAUCCUCUAGUUUUAAGACUGAAGAUGGAAAAAGUAUUUUAUCUGCCUUAGACAAAAGCGCUACACAUACUGCAGGCUCAGGACCCAUAGAUGAACUGUUAGACAUGAAACCUGAGGAAGGUGCUUGCCUGGGACCAGUGGCAGGGACCCCGGAACCCGAAGGUGCUGAUAAAGAUGACCUGCUGCUGUUGAGUGAGAUCUUCAAUGCUUCCUCCCUGGAAGAGGGCGAGUUCAGCAAAGAGUGGGCCGCUGUGUUUGGGGACGGCCAAGUGAAGGAGCCAGCAGCGCCCACUAUGGCCCUGGGAGAGCCAGACCCCAAGCCCCAGACAGGCUCAGGUUUCCUUCCUUCGCAGCUUUUAGACCAAAAUAUGAAAGACUUACAGGCCUCGCUACAAGAACCUGCUAAGGCUGCCUCAGACCUGACUGCCUGGUUCAGCCUCUUUGCUGACCUCGACCCACUCUCAAAUCCUGAUGCUGUUGGGAAAACCGAUAAAGAACACGAAUUGCUCAAUGCAUGAAUCUGUACUCUUCGGGAGGGCACUCACAUGCCGCCCCCAGCAGCUCCCCCGGCGGUAGCAGAAGUAUAAAGUGAUCAGUAUGCUGUUUUAAUAAUUACGUGCCAUUUUAAUAAAAUGAAAGGGUCAACGACCCUGUUUAUAUUGGUAUAA